UGAGGCAUGGGCUCCGGCCCCAGUUAGACUUGCGCUCUUUGCUUAAAAAAGUAUACUUCGGCGAAGGUAUGAAAGGUUUUUAACAGUUGAUUAGAAAAGAAUUCUAAAAGGUCAUUGAGGGCAAUUAAAUGCACCAAUGGGGAUACAGUCUGUAGCUCAGGAAACCUCUGAGAUACAAUUUGGGAGACCGCAGCAUGGGAAGGAUUGCUCUUUACUUGCCCUCAUCUUAAUGCCCUUUUUUCUUCUUCUUCUUUCCCCUAGUACGCUAGAAUGGGUCUCUGCCUUAGAGGGACUUUUUUGCGACCAGUAUAACUGCAAGAUGUUCUAGUUCCUAAUUGUACGUUGUCCUCAUUGACAUCUUGUAUCUAUGCUGGGUACCAGAUCAGAAGCAGCGAGAUAUUAGAUUAUUUUUGAAUAUUGUGCUUUCCUGCACGUGUGGCACAUCUUUCUGUGGUAUAUAAACACUUGACAACUUGAAAUUUCUCUCUCGUCUUUUAUGCUAGCUAUUGAUUUUUGCAUGUUUUUAGGAAUAUCUGACUGAACACCUUAGAGAGCGCCGUGCUCAAGUAUCCAACUAUGCUAUAUCCUCCAGCAAGUUCAUUACUCAUUCGGCUUGUUGCUGAUGGAGUCUUAUUUCUUGAUUUUAUGUAUAAGAACUUAGUCUGUAUUCGCGCUUCAUAACUGUAGAGUCGUAUAAGGAUUUGUUUUGGCCCAGAGACUUUAAAACAUAAAUGCAGGUUACUUCAAGGGUGUAUAUGUUAUACGCACAAGUCUGCUGGGAAUUUGGUUUUUAAAUGCAAUUUCCUUUCUCCCUCUCAUUCAUUUACUCAUCUGUCUUCACUUUCUAGAGCAGUAUGGUAGCACAGAAAAUGCCUACGGUUUGUUCAAUUUUCUAUUCUUGCCUGUUGUGUAAAAGUUGGAUUUUGUCUGUAUUUUUGAUAGGAUAUAUUCCCAAGAAGCAUCAGGUAGCCUUGCUGGUACUGGCAAGAAGUUCAGUACGUGAUAUGUGUUACAAACAUGCUUUUUGUCAAAUAAAUUUUUCCACUUAUAUGAUGCAAGCUUCAGUUCCAGGCAGGUCAACGAUUCAUUUGUAUUAUGGCAGUGUUAACUGGCUGAGGGAAUGGGAAGCAAGUAAAGAGUUAUUCACUAAGGAAAGCAGAAACACAGCCUCCCUCUUGCCCCUUCCCCUCCUCGCAAAUAUAUUUGUACGUAGUAGGUGCAGUAUGCCCCAAAGAUUCCCCAGUUCAUUCUGUUUUGGGCAGAUGGAGAGUCCUGAAGCCCUCAGAGAAGAUACUUCCGAUUUAUCCCUUCUGUCUCGUGUGCUAACUCUAACUCUCUCCCGCUGCUCUAGCUGGUCCUGGGGCUCUUGCUGCUUCAUAAAUUACAAGCAGUACAUCUGGCUUUUUGUGGAAGCCACCAGGCACCCCGUGCAGCUCUCCUCUUUGUACGUUGUUGCAACAGUCAGCCUUUGUUAUUAAUGGAUAAUUUGCCGAUAACUAAAAUAAAGGCGGGGGGAUGUGGGGGCAAAACCAUUCCCUAGGGAUGUCUGAACAACUCUGCUGGCUCAGCAAUCCAGUUCCUUUCUGAACCUGUGCAUGGCUUGAACCCUUGCAGUGAUGACAAAAAUCCUGUGUUAAUGGGUCCCAGCACUAAACUGUUCAUCCCCUUAACAAGAACUUCCUUUGGUUCAUCUGAAGCAGUCCUCUUAGCAGUUAAAUGAGGUGUCACCUAGUGUUUGUGCUGGAAGAAACACUGAGGAGGAUGCCACCUUCCAAAAUGACUUUCCGCGCUCUGCUUUUGAGUCUGUUUUGUGCUGUGCUUGGAAAAGCAAGUGUGGUUACGCAGACUGAGCGCAGAGAGGUAAAGAUGGGUGACAACGUGACUCUGAGCUGUAUCCUGACAGAGCCCAAGGAUGUUCUGCAAGUUACGUGGCAAAAGGACUCUGGAAAAUCACAUGAUAAUAUAGCUACGUACAGCAACAUAAAAGGACUAAAGAUUCACGAGCCCUUUCAGGACCGAAUGAAUUUCACAAGUCUGGUUCUCAAUGAAACAAACAUCACUUUCUGGGACGCUAGAAUGGACGAUACAGGAUGUUACACAUGCCUCUUCAACGUUUUCCCUCUUGGCUCCUUCUCGGGACAUACCUGCCUGAGUGUCUUUGGUCUCAAUGCAUCUGUCCAUUACAACAUUUCCGAAGGGCGUUUGACAGCCAUCUGUAAUGCUGUUGGCCUCCCAGAGCCCACCGUCAGCUGGAGCGGCUUGUUCAACUCUACUCCGACACAGGAGGAGGUCAGGCACACCAAUGGGAUGGUGUCUGUCACCAGUAAACUGGAGCUCUAUGACACGCGGAGCCUCAGGGAGCAAGAGUUGACCUGCAAAGUAAGCAACAAGAAUGAAGAAAUGGAAUUGCCCGUGAAAAUGAGAAAGGAAGAGUCAUUCUCAUUCCUUGGGCUGGUGAUUACUCUGGGGGUUUUACUUGUCAUCUUCAUUCUGAUCGUGAUUGCAGUGUUGUGGAGGAAGAGGAUAUGCAAGAGGGGUCAAAGGGGGUUCUAGAGGAUUCCCAUUCACCCACCAGAUCACUACAGCGUAGCAGCCUGAAGUCGGCCUUAAAAGCAGCGACUUGCAUGGCUGGAAAGUAACAACGGUCAAAGGGAAUUACAUCAGGAACAGAGCACUACCCUAUAUAGACACCAUGCUGAUCGCUGAAAGAUUAGCGCAAUGUUUGUUACCCAAUCCAGAUACUUAAUUAUAGCAAGUAGGACCAGGGGGAACGUUUAGUCAACUCCUCUGCUGCUAGGCAAAAUCAGCUUGCCCAUGCUGUUUUUAGUGUCACUAGUCUGCAAAAUGUACUGGUCGUCUUCCAGCUGAAUUGUGAAAACCUCCAGGGUUGGAGGCUCUGCAGACUCUCUAGGGAUGCUCUUCCAGUGCUUAAUAGCCCUCACAGUAAAGACAACUUUUUUUUUUUUUUUUGGGGGGGGGGGGGGGGAUUUUUUUCUAUAGCAUCAAUCUGCAAUUUCACUUGCUGCAACUCUACAUCCAACGUCCUCGUCGUGUCAUGUGCUUCUCUGCUCUUCUAGCCAGCUGAUCUGAUAUUUUUCAGGCUGUAUCACUUAGCUCUCCCUAGAGCGGCCGGCUGCUACAGGACUCUGAUGGCACCAGAUUUGCCAGCGGCCCUGCGAAAGAGCAGUAGGGCUCCAGGCAGGUGGCAGUUUAGAAGCAAGAGCAGCCACAGCUAUGAAAGUAGUGUUUUAAAUAAUGGGAUUUUUUUGGGCUUUUCUUAUAAUUCUGUCUGCUCUAAAGCAUGUAAGUGAGGAGAAGCAGAAAGCACAGCCCGGUGGAAUUGGAAGUACUGGCAUCCCCCUUUUGCAUUUCCUUUCUGUUUAACAGUGGUUCUCUCCCUGUUUUUCUGUUAACAUCACAGCCCACUGCUUGCGUAGCUGCCAAAAUGCAGGGACUGAGCUGCUGGGUGGUUCCCGUGGUUGUCGUCGUGCGCACUGUCUAGAGCGGUCUCCCCUGUCCCGAUCCUUGCAUGUCGUUUGCCUUUGAAAGCAAGCAAGCUGCUCUGCUGGCCAGGAGUAAUUAUUCCCUACUUUGACUUUGCCAUGUGAGAUGUUUCACCCGGAGCUACCUAUCGUGUGUCACUACUGUGAACUUAAUGGUAUCAACAGCAAAUUUGACAGAGGCCGAGUUUGCUGAAGUGCUGUGUUUUCAGUAGUCAGUAAGGGCACUGUGCUACUGCUGCAAGCUGGGAGGUAACCCCGCUUCUGCCCCCAGGGAGCUUCCCAGCUCCUCUCUGCUUUUUAUUCCUGUUUGCGCCUAAAUGCUUGCACAUGGCCGCUGGUCUGACCAUUUCCAGGUGCGACGGUCCUGCCUGUCCCACCGGCUGUGCCACGCGGCUCGUGAGAGCAGAUGGCUGCCGGGCGCUGCAUUGCGGCUCGACUUGAUUUGCAAGAGGUCAGAGCCUCCGUUUGCCCUGCGCCUCCUGGGGCUUGGAGAGGGCUCAAUGCACGCUUGCCAGUGGAAGCGUUGCUAAAAACAAGCCUACCUCUGGGCAUACCAACUGCACGGCCCGUUUUACUGGCAGAUGGGAGGACCGCGGGGAGUCUUCUGGGAAUCUUUGUUCUACUGGUGAGUGCUAAUGUCUAAGAUGUGUCUCCAUCUUCCAUUCCAGCCUAAUAUUUGUCAUCCUAUUGGGAUGGCGACCCGUAUCCUCUUGCCUGUUGAAUUUGAUUAGCCCUUUUUUUUGUGCAUCUGUAAUACUCUGUUGUAUUAAGCGUAUAAUAUUUUGGAUUGUGCUUUUUAUGUCAUAUAUUAAUCAAAUACACCUACUGUCUAUCUAAGCAUCAGUGGGAAGAUUUAGCAAAUAGGAGACUUAUGACUAACUGUUUCAGAGUGAAUUUUUUUUCCUUAGAAGGUGUACAGUCAGAAUAUUAUCUUCCAGAAUGGCAGCCUCUUUAGAGUCUGGCAAAAAAACUGGUUUAUAUGUCCAUGUGUAUUAUUGAGGGCAUGAUAGGGGUGAUAUUUGCUGCUACUAUUGAAUCAGCAACUUGGCUAUUUUGCAGGUGCAAUACAAUAUAUUUAUAUAUUUUAUUUUUUAAAUUGAAGAAAUUUGAUCAAGCCAAAACAUCCUGUCCCAUUUUUUUCCUGCUAAAAAUAGUUGAAGUGAAAAAAAUGUUUCAUUCUAAGUUAUCCUUUUUUUUUUUUUUUUUAAAGCUUUGAUUUAAACUUUCCUUCCUUUCUGUGCAGAAAGUGGGACUUCAAGGUUUUUGCCUUGGUUUGUUCGGGAGAUUUUUUUUUUAGUGUUUUUUCUUUUUUUUUCCCCCAAAGUUUUUUUGAGCAAAGUAAGUUUUGGAAUGAAUUUUAAAAAUAUAUUUGACCAAAGCAGUUGCAGUGUGCUUCAGAUUUGAAAAUGAUGGGUGGUCAAUCAAAUUAUAAUUUUAUAUAUUUUUAGCAAUCUGGCAUGUCUCGUGUUUGCUGCUUAAUUAUUCCUUAUUUGAAGUUGCAUCUUCUGCUGAUAUAUUGACUAUCUUGUCUUGUGUAUUUGCCUUUGCUGAAAAGAAGCCAAAUAAAGCAACUUUGAAAGUCAGGCUGUAUGAUUCCUUUCG